GGAGGCCGAAUCAGUCGUGCAUCAGCCGUCGUAGAGACAGCACCACCAUGCGCGCCUCGCUCGUCCUCUUCGCUGGCGUCUUCCUCCUCGCCUUCCUGUGCGGGACCGAGGCUCACCACUGCGAGAAUUGCAGCGCCGUCUCCUGUCCGAGCACAGACGAUUGCAUCCACGGCACCCAGCGCGAACACUGCAACUGCUGCGACGUCUGCUUGAGGGUUGCCGGCGAGAAGUGUGAUGGUCCCCGGCAUCUGGACGGCUUUUGCAUAAGGCCAUCGAAAUGCAGAGGAAACAUUUGUUCUUAGUACUCUUUACACUGCUGAGCCUUGUGUACAGUUAAAAGAACGUAAGUAAAAGACAUGAGAAAACUAUUAUAUUCAUCAUACGUUUAAUUCUACAUUUACAUCGAUAUCAAUUCUGCAUUUAUAUCCCUUUUAUAUGUUAUGUCACGGUGUUCAAAUGAAUAUUAAUGAAAUGCACAAAAAUAUAUCCCUGUUUGUUCUGUUUACUACAUCAAUGUUAUAUCCUAUUUCUCAACAUCUCAGUGAAGAAUUAGAUGCCUCGUUAUUCGUGAAAAACAAGAUGGAAAAGGAAUACAUACUGUACACUGAAAUACAGGAAUGACAUUUAA